AUGAAUAAUCUACUCCACAGGCUUUCUCAAAGCGCUACCAGGCUUCAGGACCUUUUUACUUGCCGCCUCUCCGCUCCGAUCACGCCCUGUUUUGUCUGCUCAAGCAAGUCGACGAAUCCGGUGAGACGAUCCCAUCCACGUCGUCUACGCCGCGAUGAUGACCUCCUCCGAUGGGCCUCUUUACCAGCCAGCCAGCCCGCCCGCCCACUCACCCACCAGACGUCCUCUUAUGAGCUUCAUCUUCUCUUCUCAAGCCCAUUUUUGCAAGUCUCCGACGCGCCAGUCCCUCUGAUCUUUGCACACUCUCCAGCUCGACCAUUCUCCACCCGCCUCCAGCAGACGCCGGUGACCCUCUGGCCUGUAGCUACCAGCCGCACCAAAAGUGGCGACAGUAACUGUAGGACAGGGCGAGACCGGCAAGACGCAUGA